AUGGCGUGGAACCUAUGCCGAAACUUCAUGAGGCAAACACUGCGUCCAUGUCGAUCUCAACUUGCAGCGCUGCGUCCCGGCUUUGCAGCUCGGUGCUUUGCGGAAGCGGCGCCGAGUCUGUCGCAGGAUGCCGAGAGGGCACUCGGCUCCAUCAAGGCAACCAUGCAAGCACAGAAGAAGGUCGCGCAAAUUCAUUUGUCCAAAGCCCAGAAGCGUAGCUUUCCUGGGAACAUCAGGAAGUACAAGCUUAUGGGCGGCAGACCGGAGUUUCACAAUGUGGAUCGCAAUAGGUAUGGCCGAAUCUUCGAGCCAUGGCACAACUUUGAGAUCGUCAUAACGUCAUCCAAAAACAACUGCUGGGUCGUUGUGAAAAACAAAAGCUGGCGUCAUCGAACAGUGAUUCGGUCUCAUGCCGGCAAUGUGGGCUACCGUGGUGCAUUGAAGAAGUCAGAAGCCGCAACCUACGCAAUUGGUUUGAACAUCGCGAAGAAGCUGCGACGACUGGGUGUAACCUGUGCCGAAGUGCACUUCAGGAGGCUCAUGAAGGUGGAAACGUGCCUCCAAGCAUUCCAGAACGUUGGUUUGCAGAUUACAAAGCUGACCCACAUGCCUCGGACGCCAAUUGGAAAUCCGCACAAACCGCGAAAGAAGCGACGUGUUUGA